CUGAGAGCUGCACUGCGAUUCAGAAGAUGGGAAAUUUUCUCUUUCUGAUGAAUAGCGUUAAUGAAUUGUGGACGAUUCCCAGAUCCAUGUCCAUGGUAGUGGACUUGAGCUUUGCCUUUCUGUGUGGAGUGGGUCUCUUUUACCUACUAAUCCCAUUCCUGAAGGAGUAUCCAGAGUCACCACCAUCUAGGAGAGAAAAGAACACCCCAAAGGUGUUGAAGAGGGGGCAUAGCAAGCCCAGGAAGAAAACUGAUACUGUAAAACAUUUCAGAAACUGCCAAAGGAAUGUGCGGGUUACCCAGAAUGCAUCUCGACCUAUGCAAAGGCCCAUCCAGCAUCCUUUACUGCACUCCUCUCCCCAACCCUUCUGGUACUCGAAGGAGAGAUUGAAUCAGCUUUCUCUCCCUCAACUCUUUUCUUACCUCAAGGUCUUAGAAGUGCUUAUACAGCAGAAAUUUAACCAAAUUAUAUGGGGCAUAUCCUCUGUGCUCUCUGAGUCAGUUGUGGCUACUGCCUGGGUCUCCAAGAAAUCCUCAGGAGGACGUAAAUCUGUGAGGUUUAGCGAACCAAGUGACUCUACAGAAGAUUUAUCUCUCACUCAAGAACCUCCACAACUUUGCCAGGACCAGUCAUUGCCCCACCAAGUUGUGACACCAGGCUUGGUAGGUGUGACAGGGGUCCAAGAACUAGAAAACCUCCCAAGCUCUAUAACAAACCAAACACCUUCUUCAUUCCAAAGAAGGUACCGUAGAAGAAAAUGUCCCACCACUGAGGUAGGGAUACAGGCAUCCCUAACAAAUGUAAAUGAGCCCUGUCAACAGGAACUGAAUUGGAAAGACAUUGCAGGAGGUAAUAUCCAAAAAUGUCAAACAGACAUUAGCCAGCCUACUGACAACUUGUCCUGGGGCACCCUGCCCACUAAAGUUACGAGGUCAGCCUCCAUCCUUCCUGAGCAUUAUCAAAUGGUCCACCAUCAUGAGGAGCCACAGCAUGAAGAGAGGGAAAUUAAUGUGGGAGAACAACAAGGAACCCAUGUCAGAUUCCCCCCAUCUGGGGAACUGCCACAGCUUCAGGGAGAUUUGCAAACAAACAGUGAUGGUUAUUGCAAGAACCUGCCUGAACUCAACCAGCCUGCCCAACCAUCCAUCCUCAACUCCAAAAGCUACAAGUGCAGCCAGAAUAUGGGAUCCAUGCCCACAGGAGUUCCCUUAGAGAAGGUCAUAGCUAAGUCUGAUAUUCUUAGGAAGAGUCUCGAGGUUGGGGCCGAAGAUCUGACUUGCAAUUCAAGCAGCAUCCCUGGGAAGGGUCUGGAACCCAGGAAUCCUGCUCUGAAGACACAUGAGCUGCUCUCUAUAAACACUAGCCAGACCCUUUCCUUCCUUGAUCCAAAUACUAAAAUGAAGCUGGAAUCAAACGUCAAACAGCAUUUUGUGAUUCGCAAAAGGAGAUUACCCUGUGCUUCCAAGGCUGAAUACUACUCCAAGGCUGCCAUGAUUCUUGAAAAAUUGCAUCACCAAGAUCCAGGAGGGACAAGGGUAGAAACUGCAUCAUCUGCCAGGCUGCGAAGUCCUCUGUUUGAACACUCAUCUCCAGAAGCUCAGAAGACCCAAAGAGCCCCUCCAUCUUCUGCCAGCCAUGGGCCCUCAAGGAUCCAUCCAGAUCAACCACAGAGAAACCAGAGUGUUCAGCCCCGUGCUUUCUUCUUCCUCCAUGCAAAACAAAAGCAGAGCAGAACUAUCCAAGGAAUUGGAAGAGGCCUCCUGCAACCAAAUACUGGGCCAGGAAUGGACAAGCAUGCACCCUGGAAGCAGUCUGAAUAUAUGGUCUCAGAACAUACCUGUUUGACUGCAACAACUGUGGGCCCUGAAAACAGGGUCCCACCAUCAGUGGCCAAACAAACCUACACAUUGAACGUAAAAGAAGAGCCACCUUAUGCAUGGAGGGUGAGUCUGGGAUUCAGUGAGAUUCCCAAUGGGCAAGACACCAAUAUCACUCUCAAGGACUUUGAGUCUGCAGAGGCCAAAAGAAGCCAAAGCCUUCUCCAAACAUCUAACCCUCAAAACUCAGGGGACUUGGCUCUAAAAAUAAAAGAAUAUAAUAAUACUGACUUAAAAUCAAGUGAGCAACCACAGUCCUGGCCUAUGAUUCAUCAUCCAGAUGGCCCCAGUACCGUUCACACUACCCUGGUCAACUUGCCUUCACAAAACUCACUGCUCAACUUCCAGAAUGGAUGCCAAAAUGCCAAGACCUCACAGGAUUUAGGUGAUCUCCUCAUGAGUGUGGAUAAUCAGAAGUUCACAGACCAUAAAGAUAAGAUCGAAGCAAAGAAUGACAAUGUAUUUCAUCCCCCUGAAGUAAGACCCAAUAUUUUGAAAUCUGGAGACAUAAGCCAGGGAGAAAGCCUUGAGAAAGUAAGGCUUUCGACCCCAAGCUCCACCCAACUCUCAGCCAAGACUGGGAGUCAGUCUUCCCUUAAUAUAAUAGGAAAAAGAAAGGCUCCAUCUAAAAGUUCCUUGGAGAAUAUCUCAUGGAAUGCUAAACAAUAUGAAAACCUGAGCACAAAUUUCAAGGGUCAGGGGGAUUCUUUGAGGAAUGAAACCCCCCCACAGGUUAGUAAGCUACAGGAGGUAGUAGAUAGAGAAAAUAUCAUCUAUAAUACAGCAAUUGAACUACAAUCUCUCAUCAAUGUUCUGCUCCAGAACCUGGAGAAUAAUCCAGGUGACUCACCAAAACCCACCAGAGAUCCUGUGACCCAGAUACAAGAAUAUAAUGUAGAUUCAUCGAGAUUCCAGCUGGGUGAUUCCACCUGCUCUUCUGAGGGUCCCUAUGACCCAAACCAUAGCAGACCAGCAAGAGUGAGCAGUGGCCAUGCCAGCCCUGAAGAGCACAAGCACACUUUCACAUUCAGUAGUAGUGGAGACAAAGCACAGUCAGGCGUUGAUGCUCAGAGUGUCUGUGACCAACAUCUAAACAAGGUAAAGAAAGGAAUGUCCUUUGACCAGUACUCCACUCCCAUGAGGAAUGACAAUCCAUGUUAUAGGGAAGUUGGAGACAAGAAGGAGUCAGGUUUUGCUGAACAGACAGCUGGUGACGCAGGUCAAAGUGGAACGGAAACUGGAAUGGGAAGCUCUUCACACGGAAGCCCCAAGGGGCACAACAUUUCUUUAACAGACAUUAGAGACAAACACGAGCCAAGUGUUGACCACAAAGACUUUGAACCACAUAAAAAUACAAAGAAAGGAAUAGGCCGUGGUCAACAUAGUCCCAGAGAGAACCAUCCCAUCAAUGACGACAGGGGAAUUGGAGGCCAGGAGCAGUCAUCUGUUGCUGUCCAGGGAUCCUCUGACCCAGAUGAAAUUACAACAAAGAGUGGAAAGGAAUGUUCUCCACAUGGAAGCCCCAAGACACAUAAUCAUUCACACAGAUACAGAGAAAUUAGAAACAAAUCACAUCUCAUUGUUAAUGCCCAGAAAGCCUGUGACCAACUUCCCAACGUCCUGAAGAAAAGAAUGGCCUUUGAAAGCCUCCUCACUCCCAAGGGGAACAACCAUCCGUGUCGGCACAGGGAAACUGGAGACAAGCAACAGUUAGGGCUUGCUGACCAGAGAUCCUGUGACUCAGAUAAAAGUACAAGGAGUGAAAUGAGCUCCUGUUCACACAGGAGUCCCAAAGGGCACAAACUAUUAUUCAGACACAGAGAAAUUGAAGAAAAAACACUGUCAUGUGUUAAUGCCAAGAGAACCAGUGACCAACAUCCAAACAGUGUGAAGAGAAGAGGCUUUGACCACCUCCCCACUCCCAAGGGGCAUAAACAUGUACACAGUUACAGAGUAAUUGGAGAUGGGCAGAAGUCGGGUCUUGCUGACCAGAAAGCCUGUGACCCAGGUCAAACUAAAAAAAGUAGAACAACUGGCUAUCAAUAUAAAUGCCCUGAGGGGUACAACUUUUUAUUGAGAUAUGGAAUAAUUGAAAACAAACAGCAAGCAGACAUUGUCCUUAGAGCCUCUGACCCACAUAAAAAUACAAAAGAAGGAAUGAGACAUGGUCAACCUAUGAGUCCCAAAGUGAUCCAUUCAGUUAAGGACAGGAGAAGUCUGGAGGCCAGGACCAGUCAGGUGUUGCUGUUCAGGGAGCCUCUGUCCUGAGGUAGACCUUACCAGGAGUGUCCAAAAAGUAGGUACCUCAGGCCAUCUUGGCCUUCCCAUACCAAGAAACCUUCCCGAAGAUGUCCCAUCUGCCCAGCCAUUGUUUUACCCUAUGGUUUCAUG